CUUCGGGCAGCGGCAUGUGCGGUCGAUUUACGUGAGAUGUUUGGGGGCCCGGGCAUUGCUGGUCUACUGCUCCCGGUUCUGCUCCUUGGCGUUCUUUGUCCCAAGCUGGCCGAAACGGAAAAUAUUUUGGCCAUAUUCUCCUACACCUUUGGCUCAUCUUAUUUGCUGAUCACUCCGUUUCUGAAAAACAUCGUCCAGCGGGGUCAUCAGCUGACUGUGAUAUCAUCCGUUGCAGAAAUGCCCCACAUAGAGGGUGUCCAUCACCUACGCGUGAAAAAAUUAGAUAUGCUGAUGCAAAUACUCCUGGAUUACGAUUACGACUUUCAGUUGAGCAAAUGGAUGGAGGCUCAAUUCGUUGCCGAAUACUUUUACAACUGUUCGAAAUUCGUCCUAGAGGAUCCCGGGGUGCAGGAGCUGCUCCACAAUGCCAGUGCCCAGUUUUCGAUGGUUAUUCUGGAGGCAUCGCACACCGAUGCCCUCUACGGAUUUUCGCAGCACUUUAAUGCACCGCUGGUGGGCAUUGCCGCCUACGGAUCGGCAUGGAACAUUGACUUCCUGGUCGGGAACUCGGCACCGAGUGUCUACGAACCGAUGUCCGCCCUGGGAUAUUCGUCUGGCCUCAGUCUGAUGGAGAAGUGGCACAACCUGAUCUUCAUCACCGAGGAGCGUCUGGUGGAGCGAUUCAUCUACCUGCCGGGCCAAAUUGAUUUGUACAAGCAGCAUUUUCCCGGAGUGCCGGCUAGUAUUCACGAGCUGCGACGCAGAUUCUCACUGAUCCUGAUCAAUCAGCACUUUAGCAUGGGUCGAGUGCGCAGUAAUGUUCCCAAUAUCGUCGAAGUGGCCGGCAUGCACUUGGCCGAACCCACACAACCCUUGGAUGCGGAACUUAAAAAGCUUUUGGAUGAGGCCGAACAUGGAGUUGUCUACUUUUCAAUGGGUCUGCAGGUCCUUGAUAAAUGGUUGCCAGCUGGAAUGAUUGAAACGAUGCUGGCUGCCUUUGGGCAACUGAAACAACAAGUGAUUUGGAAAUUGAACAAUACAGCGAUAGUUGAUAAUUCAGGGAAUGUCUAUGCGAGAUCAUGGCUGCCACAGCGAGAGAUCCUCAAUCACCCCAAUACGAAGCUCUUCAUCACCCACGGUGGACUUUUGAGCUCCAUCGAGGCGGUUCACUAUGCGGUUCCCCAGCUGUGUUUGCCGCUGUUUUACGACCAGUUUCAGAACACCAAGCGGAUGGAGCAAAUGGGCGUGGCCAGGAGCUUGGAUAUCACAAACAUCUCGCAAGACGAAGUUGUAAGGGUCAUCGAGGAUCUCGUGUACAAUGCUAGUUAUAAGCUAAAUGCCAGGGAUCUAUCCCAGCGAUUUCAUGACCAGCCAAUGUCGGCCAUGGAGACAGCGAUUUGGUGGACGGAAUAUAUCCUGCGGCACAAGGGAGCCGAUCACAUGCGAAUCGCCGAGCAGGAAAUGUCCCUGAUGCAAUACUAUAACGUGGACGUCGUUUCAGUGCUUUUCGGACGAAUCGGAUUGAGUGUUAUAAUCGUCAUCUUUGUGGGUUGGAAACUGGUCUGUUUGGCAACGAGAAACCUGGAGUACCGCUUCAAUGUGCCCAUGGUAAGAUGA